AUGCUCUGCACGGCCACCAUCAGCAACGUCGUAGUCACCAAGACUCUCAUCAAUGGUGGCGCUAGCCUCAACGUCCUCUCUGUGGAAACAUUCGACAUGCUCCAAGUGCCUUACGACCAGCUCAUGCCCACCAGGCCAUUCUAUGGAGUAACGGACAGCUCUACCACCCUCAUGGGGCAAGUGCGCCUCCCUGUCACCUUCGGCAACCUCCCGUACAACGCCAUCUUGGGGUACCCUGCCCUUGCCAAGUUCAUGGUGACUGUUCAUCAUGGCGACAACGUCCUCAAGAUGCUAGGGUGCAGCGGUGUCAUCACGGUCACCUGCAACAAGCAGGACGCGUUCUUCUCCCUUGAGCAGGCCGAGAACUCUGGCGAUGAGGGCGGCGUCCUGCCUCAGGAUACCACCCUCGCGAAGAAGAAGCAACUCCUUCCCAUGACGCAUCCGAAGAUCACGAAGCCCGCUGGCGACACCUCAGGCCCCACGCCUGUGGUCGGGACGCCCCUUCCUCCUGCAUAG